UCUGUCGUUGCACAGCAGCACAAGAGAAGACUGCCUGCCCGCCCGCCAGUCGCACGCCCCCCUCCAUCCUUCCUUGCUUCUAUCUUCCAUUCCGCCGGCCGCCGCCGCCGCCACCUCCGCCCGUGUGUGAUUUGACUAGAAGAGAAGAGAAGAGAAGAAAAGAUGCUGCCUUGGAUCUUCAGCCGCAAGGGCGCCUCGGGCUUCUCCUGGGCCUCCACCGCCGACCAGGUCACCGCCGGCAUCUCCGCGUCCGGCCUCACCGCAAUAGUCACCGGUGCGUCGAGCGGGAUCGGCGCGGAGACGGCGCGGGUGCUGGCGGCGCGCGGGGCCCACGUCGUCAUGGCCGUCCGCAACCUCGCCGCCGCCGACGCCGUGCGCCAGGCCGUCCUCGCCGAGUCCCCCGCCGCCAGCCUCGAGCUGAUGGAGCUGGACCUCUCCUCCCUCGCCUCCGUCCGCAAGUUCGCCGACGACUUCGCCGCCACCGGCCUCCCCCUCAACAUCCUCGUCAACAACGCGGGCGUAAUGGCGACUCCUUUCACCCUCUCAAAGGAUGGCAUCGAGAUGCAGUUUGCAACUAACCAUGUCGGGCAUUUUCUUCUGACAAAUCUUUUGCUGGAGACCAUGAAAAAGACCUCUCGUGAAUCAAACGUGGAAGGAAGAAUUGUUAAUGUUUCGUCAGAGGGGCACAGGUUUGCAUACAAGGAAGGCAUCCGUUUCGCCAAGCUGAAUGACGAGGAAGAGUAUAGCACCAUUGCUGCAUAUGGCCAGUCAAAGCUUGCAAAUAUUUUGCAUGCUAAUGAACUUGCCAGGAGAUUUAAGGAAGAGGGUGUUAACAUCACUGCAAAUUCUCUACAUCCUGGAGCUAUCAUCACGAACCUUCUUCGCCACCACAGCAUCAUCGAUGCUCUCCAUCGGACGCUUGGUAAACUGGUGCUGAAGAACGCCAAACAGGGGGCUGCGACGCAGUGCUACGUGGCGCUGCACCCGGACGCCAAGGGGGUGUCGGGCAAGUACUGGUGCGACAGCAACCUGUACGAGCCGAGCGACAAGGCCAAGGACGCGGAGCUGGGGAAGAAGCUGUGGGACUACACCCUCGACCUCGUCGCAGCCUGAAGGAUGUCAUGUUUGGUUUGGUUGAUGAGGAGCGAUGAGAGGAGGGAGAUGAGAUGAGAGGAGAUGAAGGAUAUGGGAGGAACUCAAGCAAGUGGUGUAAUGUAUGUAAUGUACAACAAAAACAGCUGAGUCUGAGUGCCUGGUAAAACAGACAGAUAGGUGUCUGAAUUCCGUCCUGUGCUGUGCAGAUGAGAUGCAACAAGAGAUUUUUUGUUGGUGCGGUACGAAUAUGCUCUACCUCCCCUCCCCAAUGAGAGGGACAGGGAGUGUCGUCGAUACGGGUAUCUGGGCCUCCUUCCUUCUAUUCCUUUUUUCAGACAAGGAUGGCUCCUUCCUUCUUGUGUACUCCCUCCGUCUCAAAAUAAGUGUUAUGAACUGGUGUGACAUCUUCAGCUGGGCC